GUUUAGCGACAUGUGACCCAGUGUAUUUAGGCCACUAUUUUCUUUCUAGACCUUCAUGUUUCCUUCAAGCCUCUCUUUCAUUAGUUUUUAGACCUCAAUUUGAAUACAAUUCGGACCGCAAAAUCCCCUCACUCCUGCUAUACAUAACCCCCUUAUACUACCCCAUCCUGAGUGCCGGUCUGAAUUAUCUGCCUCCCACCUAUCGCCGCCAUAAUGAAGACAUUCGCCGUGCUUGCAUCUCUCGUGGCUAAUGCUAUAGCCCAAAACGCAGUCCUCUCCCUACCCAAUGGCGCAUCCCUUGAAGCUGGCAGCGAAGUUAUCGUCCAGGUUCAGCGUCCUAACUCUCUAACCGGCUCCACCGAGAUGGGGGUCGCCAUUGGUGUACAAUCAUGUCCAGAGAGCACUUGCCACCCAGCAGAAUCUUUCUUAGGGACUAUAUUGUACAAUGGGCCAUUUAAGCCCGUCUACCAUGAGACCUACAACCCUCCGUAUGAGAAUUUCUCCGUGACUGUCCCCGAGGGUACUCCUAAGGGCCGGGCACUUGUUGGUGUCGCCCAUGCCACCCUUGUUGGUGCUGGGCCCUGGCCUUGGCUGGAGGUUCUCAACCAGACUGUUACCAUUGUUUAGAGCUAUUGCAAUGUGUAAAUAGUGGCUGUUGUCGAUAUGGAAUGUGCUACAGAAUAUACAACGAAUUAUGUAUUUUUGGACUCGUAUUCUGGGAUAUAUUCAUAAUGCAAGAGUAUAUAUCUUUGGUUUGCAUACAUAGGUGUACAUACCGAGUCAUGAAUAAUUUACACGAGAAUUGAUGUGAGAUACUAUUAUUGGCUCGUC